UUUUAUGAAAUCCGAAAAUGUGUUGCCCCUUGGCAUUUUAGUCAGGUGAUGCAUCACGUUCUAGUAAAUCUCCCAAUUCGUCAUUUUCGCGAUUUCUCGAAAUUUUGGAAAUGGCGAACAAAAUCAGAAAUUGACCAAUGUGUAUUUUGAAAUCAUCAACAACUCAGAUUAUUGUGGUAUAUCAAUUGUGGAAAUGUCUGAUUUAGAAGAGGAUCUUUUAGCCUUGGCUGGUGCAGGUUCAGAAAGCGAAAGUGAUAAUGAACCAUUAUCUAACAAAAGAAGUGGAACACCAGAUAAAGCACAACGUAAGAAGAAGAAAGUGUAAGUUUUCAAUAAUUAUCAAUGAUUUUGAAAUCAUUUACUAACGUUUCGUAUUAGUGUUGAAGAAGACGAAGACGACUAUGAUAUAGGUGAUGCUGAUGAGGAUGAAGAAGAAGAUGACUAUGACAUGGAUGAAGUUUAUGGUGAGGAUGAUGAAGAUGAUGACAUUAAUGAACCAGUUAAUCCAUAUCCAUUAGAAGGCAAAUAUAAAAAUGAAAAGGAUAGAGCAGAAUUGGAAAAUAUGCCUGAGAUGCAAAGAGAAUCCAUUUUGUUCGAACGUUCUCAAGAAUUAAGAAAGUAUAAUGAUAAGAAGUUAUUGGCUCAAAGAGCUAAACAAAAUCAAGCUCAAAAGCAAAGAUCAAGUGGUAGAUCUCAAAAAGUUAAAGAAUCAUCAAGAUCAGUCAAAUCAUCUAAACUAUCUGAAUUGAAGAAACAAAGAGAAAAAAAGAAUAGAAGAGCAAAUAGAGAAGAUUAUGACGAUGAAGACGAGGAUGAAGAUGAAGAGGAGGAAGAAGAUCCUUAUGAUUUAGGUGAUGAAGAUGAAGAAGAAGAUUCAUAUGAACCAGAUUUCAAUGAUUUUGGUGGCCAUGAUGUUAAAUGGGCUGAAAGUUCAAAACGUAAAGCUGUUGAAGUUAAAGACAUAAACAAAAUAAAGACUGGACAUUCAAUCGCUGAGAAAUACUGUUUCUAUCCAGGUUUCACUACUGCUAUGAUUGGUACUUUUGGUAGAAUUGCCAUUAGUAAGAAUGAAUAUCGUAUGGUAAAAAUUGAAAAAGUUAUUCAUGCCAAACCUUAUAGAUUGGGAAAUUUAAGAACAGAUCAGUAUUUUGUUGUUUCACAACCUGGGAAAGAUACUAAAAGCUUCAAUAUGAAUUAUUUUAGUGAUGAUGCUAUAUCAGAUGCAGAGUUUGAGAAAUAUAAUCAGUAUAUAAGUGAUGCAACAGCUAGUGGGAAAAAGGCUUCAUUACCAAGUCUAAGGGAUAUUGAUGAGAAAUAUCAAGAAUUGAGACAAUUUGCUACGAAGAAACUAGAAGGUGCAGCUUUUGAAGAAUUUAUUCGCAGAAGAAGUUUAUUCAAUGAUACAUCUGUUGGUGCCAAUUAUGUUUUGAAAAAAUCUGAAUUUGAACAAAAGUUAGCAAUGGCUAAAGAUAGAAAUGAUAUCAGAGCUAUUAAAGACUAUAGUGAAAGAUUAAGAAAGAUUGAAAAUCAUUUCCAAAAAUCAAACCCAAACAGAGUUAGUGCAGGUUCUUCAUCCGAUCAAUUUGCUAAAUUGAAUGAAAAGAAUAGAAAGUUGAAUAUGAAAUCUGUCAAAGAAGCUGAACUGAUAAAUACUGAAAAGAGAAGAACAGGUACAACAGAUAAGAGUGAUCCAUUCCGUAGAUUAACAACAAAAUCAAGAAUGUACUAUCAAGAAAUCCAAAAAGAAGAAAAUGAAAAGGCUAAAAAUGAUGCUAUUGUUGCGGCUCAGGAAAAAUCUGAAAAAGAGGCCAAAGAAAAACAAUUGUUGAAACAAGCCAAAUAUAGAAACUUGGGUGAAAUGGAUAAAUUGAUAGCUAGUAUUGAUUUCAAAUUUGAUAUCAAGAUCUAGUAAGUUAUAUGUA